CCUUUCACCUUUUACCUUUUUCUUUUUCUUUCUCACUCUAUCUCUGUCUGUCUCUCUAAAACAUGUCUGAUCCCUAUGACUGUGCCCUUGACUUGAUGCGUAGACUUCCUCCACAGAAUGUGGAAGAGAACCUCGCAAAACUACUUGACCUUGUUAGCCCUGAACUUGCAGAUGACCUCUUGUCGGCAAUUGACCAACCUCUCAAAGUCAAACGCUGCUCAAAAACCGGAAGAGACUUUCUGGUGUGCGAUUACAACCGAGAUGGAGAUUCUUACAGAUCACCAUGGAGUAAUGAGUAUGAACCAGAGCUUUUGGAUGGCACCGUCCCAUCGCGCACAUUGAGAAAGCUAGAGGUUGCUGCCAAUGAAGCAUUUGAUACCUACCGAGAAAUGUACUAUGAAGGAGGAGUUUCUUCGGUCUAUACCUUUGAUAUUGACGACAAAUUUGCUGUAGUUGUUCUCAUCAAGAAAGUUGGAGAUGGUCUGAAACGUAUGAAGGGUGCAUGGGACUCGAUCCAUGUAUUCGAAGUGCAGGAACGCGGUAGAAACGCACACUACAAGUUGACUUCGACAAUUAUGCUCUAUAUGCUGACCAGCAGCCAAGAACUGGGCACAAUGAAUUUGAGCGGAAGUAUGACCCGACAGUCUGAACAGGACUACCCCGUCGAUGACCCUGCUGCCCACAUUGUUAAUAUCGGACGUAUGGUGGAGGAGAUGGAACUCAAGAUGCGCAACUCACUCCAGGAAGUUUAUUUUGGUAAGACCAAGGAUAUUGUGAAUGAUCUCCGCAGUCUCGGUUCGCUUGAGGAAACCAGACGACAGGCCAAGAUCCAGCAGGAGCUUGUCGGUAGACUUAUGGAGAGAAAUGCACGAUAGUCUUAAUGCCACGUCACUAAGAAAGAAGUUACACACGUUUAUUUGGAUACAUAUAUAUUAUAUAUAUAUCUUCUGCUACUUUAUUAAGUGUUACACAUCCUAUUUUUUCUUUUAUUUUCUGUCCUUUCAACCCUCUUUUAUUUUCUCUCUCUCUCUCUUGCUCAUUUGCUCGCGUUCGUUUUCCUUCUUUUUCCUUCUUCUUUACUUUCCUUUUCUUUGUCUUGCUUGUGAUGAAGCUCUUGUUUCUUGUCGCACUCUUGUGCCUGGCAAUAACAGCACAAGCACAGAAACGUAGCAAUGUGCCUUUGAAAACACACUCCAUCUCCAUGCCUUAUAUUGGUGCGUUACAAUGAGUUCAUUCUUCAUUACAAUCUUAUUAUUGCUAUACUAGCAAAUGAAAUAAACCAAAAUAAAUAUAUAAAUAUAUAAUUAAAU